AUGGAGGCUUUGGGAAUUGCCCAGCAGCUGUUCUUCUCCAGCUGUGAUGAGGACAGUAGCAACAGCGACAAUAGCCUGGAUGAGUUCAGCUUUAGGAUCCAGAGAAAGAGCCCGGUCUGCAGAACACCUGACCAGCACCACCGCAGCAGGAGCAAGACCGUCGCCUCUCCUAUGCAAUGUACCAGCCCCAUACCAUACGCAUCCUGGAGAAAACUGAGGCUGUGUGACUCACCAAGUACACCCAAGAGCCUUCUGUCCAAAUCAUCCCAGCUUUUCACCAGUACCAAAACAAGUUUCCAUCGGAGGUCUAGUCGUUUUAAAUCCCUGUCAAUGAAUGGUAUCCAAGCUCCAUCUGUCAAUGUCAAUCCAUUUACUCCAGACACUGUGCGUCGAACGAGCGAGCAGCAGUGCAAAACCAACCGCAGGAGUGACGAUGACGACGAUUAUGGCCGCAGAAUCAAACAUAGUCUCGCAUCAUCUGAGGACGAUGAUGAAGCUUUUCUGCCACCAAAGAGGCGUGCUGUCCAGGCCUUUAUGCUGUCACGGUACGAGAGUGAGUUCUUGGAGCUGGAGCGCAUUGGUGUGGGUGAGUUUGGAGCUGUCUACAAGUGUGUCAAGAGGUUGGACGGUUGCUUGUAUGCCAUCAAACGCUCUCGCCGACCCCUUGCAGGCUCUGCCAAUGAACAGCUGGCUCUUAAGGAGGUGUAUGCACAUGCUGUUCUUGGACACCACCCACAUGUUGUCCGAUAUUAUUCAGCUUGGGCAGAAGAUGAUCACAUGAUUAUUCAGAAUGAAUACUGUGACGGUGGAAGUCUAAAUGAUGUCAUUGUAAAGAAAGAUGAGAAAGGUGAACUUUUUCCAGAAGCUGAAUUGAAAGAUUUGCUUCUUCAAGUGUCCUUGGGUCUAAAAUAUAUCCACAGUUCUGGCCUUGUACAUCUUGACAUCAAGCCAAGUAAUAUUUUUCUUUGCCAGCAUCAAUCAAAAAGUGCCACAGGAGGAGAAAGGGACAGUGAAGAAGAUGAAACAAGCACGUCUGCUGGUGUAAUUUAUAAAAUAGGGGAUCUUGGACAUGUCACUUCAACAACCAACCCUCAAGUUGAAGAAGGUGACAGCCGCUUUCUUGCUAUUGAAGUGCUGCAUGAAGACUACAGCAACCUUCCUAAAGCGGACAUUUUUUCUCUGGGUCUCACGGUGCUAUUGGCAGCUGGAGCCACUGCACUUCCUCAAAAUGGUGAAGAGUGGCAUAGUCUCAGAGAAGGCCAUCUGCCCAAACUUCCACAGGCCAUUUCACCAUCUUUUAGUGCUUUGCUUCAGUCAUUACUAGACUCUGACCCAACAAAGCGUCCGGCUGCCAAGGAGCUCUGCAAGCAUCCUGUGUUAAAGGAUGAAGGGUCAGAAAAACUAGCUCAGCUGCGUAAAGAGCUAAACGUGGAAAAAUUUAGAACUGCAAUGUUGGAAAAAGAACUAAAGGAGGCUCGCCUGGGUACCUUUUCACCUGAACUGAUCAAUAAUCCAAAGUUUAAGCCCGUGUUUGAUACUGUUGAAGACGAAGACUUGAGUCGCGAUCAAAAGCUGUGUUCUACUUCGCUGUUCGGCAAAGUUAAAUGUCUUAACUUUGCAAUCCAACUUCGGAUGGGAGACAAUGAGUUUCUCCAGGGCACAAUGCUCUGUGCUUUUUUGGGCAUUUCUCCAGGCGGACUGUGGAAACUCAUCCGAAUCUCCUUAGAAGACCUAGAGCCCUCUGCAGAUGUGCAUGUUCCUGAGAACAUUCAGCAGGUUGCAGCAGAGAUCCGGGAAAUAGCAGCGCAAUUUGAACCAAACAUUGUAAAUCGCGCCACUCUAAGUCUCACCAGAAACAUUAUGGGAUCCUCUAUCGAACACUGGAACGGCUAUAUUCACCAGGAAGUCCAGCACGUACUGAGACAUGGAGUGGCACUGGCGAAUCUACGCUCAGAACUUGUGGUCGCUGCUCUUACUUUUACUCUGGUGAAAAGAGUAUGUCUUCAAGCUCCCACAUUGUUAAGAAGUUUGUUUGACACAACACUGCGAUACCUCAAUUCUGAAGGAGCCAGGUGA